AUGGAAUACGAGCAUUUUGCAGCGGCAGCGAUGAGUCCAUUCGAAUAUGCGAUCAACGACAUCAUCGACGAAGGCAUGCCAGAACGUGAGGAUGAGAGCAAGGUUUUUGGUCACUUUGGAUACGAUAACGACGAGGUUAGCGUCGCUGCUCUAUCGAACUAUCCGGUACCUGGCACUGGCAACGAUUGA